UGUAAUGGGAGAUCAGUAUCUCGCCGGGCGUCCGAGACGGCUGAUGCGCCUGAGUCCGCAUUUUCGCCUGCCUUCCGGACGCGCCAGGGCCAGUGAAGUGGUGCAAAUAGAUAACAAAACCCAGAGACUGGUCGGUCGCGUAAAACUCCAGUGCAUCUCCGAAAGCGGCCUUUAUUUUGCCGCAUACUUCUCAUAUGAUAGUAGCCUCUAGUGAGAGGAGAAAAGAGAGAAAAAGUAGUGGAAGCCUGUCGACCCCGGAAAGCGGAAGGUGCAAUGUGCAUUGCCAGCCCCAGUCCAUAUAGGCUGAGAGUAGAUGCGACAGCCUGUAGCCAGUUGCGUGAGAGCCGCCCACAGAAAGGGAACCAAAUCUGCAGUUGGUACCGGUUAGAGGCUCCUGGAAGUGGCUUUCCGUACCCACACCUAGUUCUGACGGUAAAGAGAAUGUAUUUAUGGAUGCCGAUGAAAAGACUUCGCUCUUCUCUUUACUUGCAAGUCUCCAUCCAAGGUGCUCAGGUUUUUCAAUCAAUGAUCCGCUUAACGCGGGCGUUGUGUUCCGGAAGUAACAUCGCAACGGAGUAUCGACUGCGCGAAUUACGAAGGGCGUCUCUCCUGCAAGGAGUGCAUUGGAUGCAAGCGGGAGAGACAUUCCUUCACGGCCCGCUCCUCAAAGUCUUCAGGCCUGAAAAACACGCGGAAUUCGACAGUCUCCUGUCAUACACAGGGACGAAAGCAUCGUCUCUAAGAACACGGCAGGUUGGGCAGCUCGUCGGGACCUAGGAUAUUGCUCGUUGUAAUCGGUUCAAGAGGCGUUCUCAGCGACAACCGGUUGUCGGGAGCUCAAACUAGCGUUCUCUUCCCUGGAAACAUGCGCCAUCGCCUCGUCAAUAGGUAUCGCAGAGGACUGUCGCGGAGGUGGAUCGGGUGGAAAAUUACCAAGGGAAGAGGGGCCUUGCGCA